AUGAAGCGACAGUUACGAGAACAGUUGCCGAUCAGCAGCCAUUUAUCCAUUUAUUAUUUAUCCGCUCAUCGGAUAGGCUGUCUAUCGAUGGAAGGCGAACUCUUUCUUCUGAAGCUUUUAUCAUUCGUUUUGUUGGCAAUGAUGAUAGCUAUAAAUUUUGAUGAUGGUAAUGAUGGUGGUGAUGAUGAUGGCGAUGAUGAUGAUGAUAGUGAUGGUAGUGGUGGUGAUGAUGAUGAUGAUGAUGAUUGUGAUGAUGCUGAUUGUGAAAUACAGCGAACGAAUUGA